GCGCGAGCGUCAGGCGAUCCUCAGGUACCGAGCGAAGCUGAGUCGUCGUCUACCACCAGGCGCGAAGCCGGGCCGCAGCUCUAGUACGCGCGCCUUUUCUGCGCUGCUGCGCGAAAGUCACGGAGAUUCGUGUUCGAGGCUCGCACGACGACUCAACAACGCCUGCUUCGUUUGUCAAUCGGUGCUUUCGCAGUGUGCAACGACAUGGCAUCAACUGUGUCCCGGCCCACGUCAUGAUGGUUGAGGCGAGCGCCGGAGUUCCGUGUUUUGAUGCCGGCCUAUCGACUUCUCGUCCCUAUUGUGGAAACCUUGCUUGUGGGCGACAUCGUGAAGCUUUUGUGUCCCUGCCAUCAGUUUCAGUUGGUUCCUUCUGGGCCGUCCUGCCAUCGCGGCUGUGCGGUCCACGUGUGAGUGUUUACGCGCGUCACGACUUCGUGCGGGUGCGUUUUUGCCGCUACGUUUAUAACCCCAGAGACCACCUCGUGACGUGCCCAUGUCGGGAGCACUAUGUUUCUUCCUGACCUCGCGCGGCUGACUUGGGUGGCCUUGCUAGUCUGUCUUCCUGUUCUCGGUAUGUCAGAGCUUUGUUGGUGGCACAGCACACGUGAGGAUAUUGAUAUACAAUUGGCUGUCAACAGUUAGUCUCUCUAAUAAUAAGGAAAAAUCAACACGGUGCUGUGUGCGCCAUCGCUGCAUAACACAGCUAAGGUGUGUCUAUCUUUCUGAUCGGUCGCGCGUACCUGCCCCCAUCAAAGUGGCGAAGUGUGUAGCGUAUAGCAGAUAAUGGUGUUACGAUAACCCAACCAUCCGCAUGAAUCAGAUUAUUUAUAACCGCACAAAAAGGAACACUUCACUCAAGAUGUUGCGAGUGUUUACCGGAAACGUUUCAUGUAUGACGAAGCACCAAUGAAACAUUAGCGGGUGGGUUGUUUAAAAGGCACAUAACAAGUCGUAGCUGCACCACCAUUACUGUUUUACAUUCCCGUACAUGUUUUACCCGUAAAAUCAUUUUCUUUCCCAUUGCACUGCAAGUUUUUUUAUGUAUUUACUUUUCCUAAGGGGAAAGUUUGACAAGACAUCGUAGAAAAUUUUACAAAACGUAAGCGUCCAAGAGACACUGACAUCGGAGUCAACUGUUUACCGAAAAGUAUUGCUGGUCUGCAGAGCAUUGUUUGUCUAUGCUAUGACUGUAGCAUGCACACUUAGACGUUCUCAUGAAGGCAUGGCUGAGAUCACUCCACUAAUUUUCUAUGCAAUCCGCUAAGGAAGUUGCGUGCUAUAGACAUUGAAUAUGUAUAACAGUCGCUUGCUGGGCGAGUUCUCAAAUAGUUUAUCAGGGACGGCAGGAGCGAAAGGACGCAAGACAAUCAGAAAACGGGAGCGGGACCCGCGCAUGUCAGGGAAGGGACGUUCGGAUAGCACUGGCAAGGACGAUCCUCAGUAGACGCACGCAGUCCUCCUGCUUACAUCGCCAUUGCUUGCGCUGUUCUCAGAUACUUUGUCAAGGGCUACUCUUUCAACUGCAGCUAAGUUUACGACUCAGUUCUCAACCCGUUACCCUAUUAACAACUAUACGCAAAGUGAUGAAGCAUGUCCUGGAAGAAGCACGUCCUUCAGGCUGCCCAUUCUUCGAGAUUCAAGACUUUGCCGUGGCUCUCUAGUCAGACUACAUUUCUUUGAGGGAAGCUUUAUAUCACGAUUGUCAAAGGAAAGCCCAUUACCUGGCAAUGUAAAAAAAAAAAUCACCGAUAGAUGAACCACUACGUACACCGCAGUAGCGCUGUUAAUAUCACUUGUACACACUGCUGCAUUAUUCCUCUCAAACGGAACUGGCCACAGUGAUGUACUUUGAAGAAACCGUUAGAAAUUGUUCUCUGUACAGCAAUGAACUAGAAUAAAUGGAACCGGGAGGCCCAGUAUUUAUUAUUCAGCAGUUUCAACAACGAUGUACAUAGGUAAAAUUACUCACUGUGUGAAGGGUUUGCAGAAAAGCAAUUGUUUUUAAACAAUAGCCCCAGAAAAAAAAUUAUCGUUAUUCUCGUAGUUAGGCCUUUACGACUUGACAUAAACGACCCUUUUGCGGGCUUUCGUAAAAAGCUGCAAAACAAAAAUUAAUUUGUACGUGUACAAGGUUCUGUAACAGCUUUCAACUUACUGGUUACAAAAGUGAUUGUCAUACACAGUGGUAUUCGGUUUCCCUAAAAUGGGAUUCUUUCCCGCACCUUACAUAAAUGUGUCGAAGGCGCCUGCGUGGUGUAGUGUUCCUUGUCGAAGUAAAGGGCUCUGUGACCACGCACCAGUGAUCGUGACAACAUUUCACUGACCCCGUACCCGGAGCUCUGCCUGUGUUUCGUCGAGCCGAACAGUUAGCAGACUUGCCGUGACUUGCGUGCGCCGGGGUGAUUGCACAUGUGGGCGGAACCGCGCAGUUUUUGGCACGAUAUGUGGCAGCCUUAUAUUAGCACGAAACACACGAGCCGAGAAAGGUCAAGUAUCAUCGGGCUUUCCCGGCUAGUAGGCGGAAGUCCAUGAAGAGGUCUUCGUCGCUUUUUUUUUUUUUUUUCGGCUAGUUGUCGAGUAUAUACCGAUGACAUUGCGACGUCGAGGCCUUUAAGGUUUGUCGACUUUCAAUGUGCAGGUAGUUCGCAGUGUAACGACCUGUCGAUAAAGUCAGUACUCUUUCUAAACGAACACUGUCCAGAGAGUUGAACAUCCAUUUAAACAACAUUCGCUUCAAAACUGCAUGCCUCUUCCAAGCAACACGGGAACGGUUGCUAUUAUCUGGAGCGAGGCUUCUCAUUGGUUCCUGCUUAUAAGAAGUGAUCUGGACAGUGGUAAGACGCUGCCGUCUACAUCUCCAUGUAGACGUGAUAAUUUCACAUAGCGGCGGAGUUAAGUGUUAAAGCAGACAGACAACUACAAAAGUAUAGCACACGAGUAGAAGUGUUGUAUGAAUUUCUAGACUAAGUGUUUUCUUCAGAAUGUAUGGCAUCCUGCAGGUUUUCUGCGAACUAGGUUGUUGCGGUAGGCUUCGAUGCAGCAUGGGACAUUGUUUUUCGCACUUGCACUAGCGCUUUCCUUUUUUUCGCUAAAGUUUAGUUGCGCCACAGAAACUCGAUCUCCUCGAGCAGAGGGCAUUCUUUUUUUUUUUUUUUGCCUGUUUUGGCUUGUGUCCAACACGGCGCUUGGAAUUUUCGUUCGAGAAACUGUCCCACGGGAGCACUAGACAUUCUUGUUGUCUUACAAAAUAUUAGCCGUGCGGAUAAGCCCGCGACGCGCCCCACCGCCUUUUGUUUUGACACGGGCUCUCGACUCAACUGGUAAGACUUCGCGCCAUUUCGUUUUGGCAAAAGAAUCGGUCAGCGGCUAAUCACACGCGGACCGAGGGACGAAAAAGAAAGGGGACAGAGGCCUACGACGAGGAAAGAGAACAAUCUCGACGAAGAUGAUCGACCAGAGGCGACGACCAUGUCGCAAGACGCGUCGCCAAACUCUCCUUGAAGGCGACAAGUGCGUGCGGCAGAUUGCGUGCAUCGUCCUCGGGCGCGAAAAGCGUCGCCGCUCGUAGCACCCGUCUCGCCGAGCGUCUCCACGUGUUCGCUGCUGUCGUCGUCGGUGGUGGGAUGCUUGGCUCACGUGGCCUCUCGGCCGGCCAGCCUCCAUGGUGGUGACGACGAGGCGUCUGCGGUGCGGCGCCCUGCUCUCGUGCUGUCUCCUUCUCUUCGCGUGCGCGGCUGAGCCGUCGGUCAGCUACUACGACGUCCAGACUGUCGACGCCGGCUUCGGUGGUUUGAACGAGACGGGACCCUGGGACGUAUUCUUCAAUGACACCACUCUCGUGCUCAGCUUGGACCCGGUCAAUGCCAGCGACGGCGAGCUGCUCUCUUCGUCGUCGCCCUCCUUGGACGAACACUACGACCUGUUGCCGUUGCGAAAUGACUCGGCGCCGCUGCUGGAGUACCGGGAACCGUUCCCGCCACCUUCGUCCUCCGUGGAGGUGGCCCGUGACGCGCGCAAGACGGUGUACCUGCUCGGCCUGUUCGAACUCACGGGUAGCUGCGACGCCGCGAAAGGCGGUCGUGCCGAGAGGGCCGCGGCGCGGCUGGCCAUCCGACACGUCAACGAGCGCAACGUGGUUCCUGGGCACAGGCUCGAGAUGUACGACAACGACACGAGGUGUGACGCCGGAGCGGCUAUCAAUGCUUUCUUCCACGCCAUCUACCGGAAGCAGCAGAUGACCAUGCUGCUGGGUACCUCUUCCUCCGAGGUCACCGAGCGCCUCGCCAAAGUGGUCAGCUACUGGGGCGUGCUGCAGAUCUCGUUCGGCAGCCUGAGCUCGGUGCUCAGCGACCGGGCGGGCUUCCCGCUCUUCUUCCGCACCGUGGCUCCCGACUCGUCGCACAACCCGGCCCGUGUGGCAUUCCUGCGCCGCUUCCGCUGGGAUGCCGUGGCCACCUUGCACGAAGACGACGAGCUCUACGCCUUGGCCAUCAACGAGCUGCUGACUCAGCUGGAGAGCGCCAACAUCGCUGUCUCGUCCUCAGAAAGCGUCACACGAAACGAUUUCCUCGAGCAAAUACAGGAGCUGAAGAACACCGACAGCCGCAUCAUAAUUGGCAGCUUCUCCAGGCACAUGGCGCGCAAAAUAUUCUGCGAGGUGUACAAGCAGGGCAUGUAUGGCUCCGACUUCCAGUGGAUCGUGCAGGGGGGUCUAGGCGAGUGGUGGCUCGACGCGUCGGGCACAGACUGCUCGGCCGCGCAGCUUCGCGCAGCUGCCGACAACGUCAUCACGGUGGCCGCGUACACGGGGCGCCUGCCCAACCGCACCAGCGUCUCCGGCCUGCAAAUGGACGCCUUCCGGCGGGAAUUGGACGCUGAACUGGAGUCCGAGCUGCGGUCGGGCCUGGAGCCGCCGCUGCCGGCCGGAGCUGCCGGCUACCGAGGCCACGUAACGCAGGCCUACGACGCCGUGUGGACCGCUGCGUUGGCGCUGCGGUCAGCCGAGCUGCUCUGGAGAAAGGCCAGCUUGAAUCUAACCGUGACGGACUUCCGCUACGAGAAGCUUCUGCCGGAGACCGGCGGAGGCGGCAGCUACGGCUGGAACGUGACCGCUGAGCCGCUGCCUCCGCCACAGGAGCGCCGCAUGGCCAACUACUUCGACCGAAUCAUUUCGCGGCUGCGUUUCAAUGGCAUCUCGGGCCCCCUCUCAUUCUCCGGCAGUGAUCGCGUCGGCAUCACUGAGUUCCAGCAGAAUCAAGGCGGCUUCCUACGCAAGGUGGCCCUGUACAUACCGGACUCCAAGACACUAGACUUCUCUUGUAUAAGGUGCCGCCCGAUCAUCUGGCAAGACGGCGAGCCGCCCGUGGCGCGGCGCAUCGUCAAGCUGAGCGUGGCAACCAUCCAGCGCAGCGUAUUCAUCUCUGUAUCGGUGCUGGCCACCUUCGGCAUGCUGCUGGCCAUUGCCUUCCUUGUGUUCAACCUCUACUACCGCAAGAGCAAGUACAUAAAGCUGUCCAGUCCCAAGCUGAACAACAUGACGGUGGUGGGCUGCUUGCUCGUCUACGUGGCAAUCGUUGUCCUUGGCCUAGACUACGGCACGCUGGGAAGUGACACGCAUUUCGCCGUCUUCUGCACCGUUCGGGCUUUCCUGCUGUCGGGCGGCUUCUCCCUGGCUUUUGGAGCGAUCUUCAUCAAGACGUACCGGGUACAUCACUUGUUCGUGCGCGCCUCCAGCGGCGUCAUCAAGAACAAGCUCCUCCAGGAUCAGCAGCUGAUUGCACUCGUCUGCGUUCUGGUACUCAUCGACUGUGCGAUCGUCACCCUCUGGGUGACCUGCGAUCCCAUGGAGAGGACCAUGAGAAAUCUGACCAUGCAGAUCUCCAAGUGGGAGCGGGACGUGGUGUACCUGCCGCAGCGCGAGCAGUGCCACUCGGAACACAUGGCCAAGUGGCUGGGUGCCCUGUACAUCUACAAGGGCCUGCUGCUCGUCGUCGGCUGCUACAUGGCCUGGGAGACACGCAACGUCCAGAUACCGGCGCUCAACGAUUCGCAGUACAUCGGCAUGAGCGUCUACAACGCCGUCAUCACCUCGGCACUCGUCGUGGCGCUCGCCAACGUCAUCUCGACGGAGCGCUACACACUCACCUACGCGCUCGUCGGCACGCUCAUAUUCGUCUCCACCACCACCACGCUGUGCCUGCUCUUUCUGCCCAAGAUCCACGCCAUCAUGAACAACGCCGAUGCGGACGCCGUGGUGGCGUCUUCUGGCGUGCGGGUCGAGUUCAAUACCCGACGCUUCGCCAUCGACGAGCGCCGUGAGCUCUACUACCGCACCGAGGUCCAGAGCCGCGCCUACGCGCGUGAGAUCGCAGAGCUGGAUGCCGAGAUAGCACGGCUGAAGAGGCUUCUGGGAGAGCCGCUCUCCGCUGAAGCGUCACCUGAAAACAACUCUGUCAAGUCCGAGAGCCCCUUGUCAUCGCUGCUGGAGAGGUUCAAGCGCAAGCGAGCGUCCCUGGAGAACAGCGAGGGCGGCAUCGCGGUCAUCUCGCGCCUCGGUACACAAUUCCCGGUGCGCUCUCCGGCCCGCGUGCACGACCUGCGCUGGCGGCUCGACGAGGGGACCCGGAUGCUGCAGCUGCGGGCCGAGGACCUGCUGCUCCCUCCACGACACUCUUUCCAGGAGGCACCGGGCUGCAGGUCCAACGAUGGCCUCCAGCAGUCCAGAGGCAGCCUGCCGAUCAUCGCAGCCACAUCCAACGACGAGGCUAUCGACGGCCAGGGCGGCAGCGACCUGCAGACGCCCACCGUUCCUCACGCCGGCUCUUUUCCCACAUUGCCGCGCCGGUCGCGUUCACCGGCGAGCUCCUCCAGCCAAGGAGAGCGAGGAGGCAGCAGAGAAGAGUCCAUCUACCAGUCGGUCGAACUGGCGCCCAGUGGCGGCAGCGUGACGACAACUGCGAACACGACGACCACAGACGAGUACCGAACGUUGUCGUCGGACGAGUACCGGACUUUGUCGUCCGACGACGACACGACGUACGCCAGCUGUCGCAGUCCCCCCGCGUUCGUCGCGAUACUCAACCAAGGUGCAUCAUCCUGUCAAACUUCGCCGUCUCAGUACGGGUACGAAGUCCCCCCACUCGAACUUGCCGUGCUGGAGGAAGCCAACAACGACGAAGGCGUCACCGAGUCGUCGGCGUCGACGACGCCCGUUACUCGCGAAGCGGCGCCGUCGGCUGACGAGGACAGCUUCCAGACUCAGCGCGAUCUCUUCCUCAAGCGCCUGGAAGAGGCCGAGUCGGUGGACGUCUGACGGAUGGGCCACUUAAGCGUAUUUAAAAGAUGCGUAGUUCACCGAGGCGACAGAAAAUUCCCGCGGCACGCUCUUUGACUGAAAGUGCACAAGCAUGAGCGACCAUGUAGGCGAAAUCCAGAGCCUCGAAAUCGGCACUACGGCUUGAUGCGCAAUGCCACAGACGCCUGCGGUAUCAGUGCACGACCGAUCUAGGAACUCAACUGCAACGCCGCCACUGCCACGCGGCAGUGCAUUGCGCGGCAAUAUAUGUGCCCAGGUGCACCGUCGUCGUGUACAUGAUUGUGCGACAGAGAACCACUCGUAGAGCCCGACACAACGUUGUUCACAGAAAGGAAAUGCCAUUUCAUUUCUCAGUACACCGAGUCCAACCAACACC